AUGGCUAUCUGGAGAAAGCAGGGUCUGGCAUGGGCCGUUUUAAGACUCGGCUCAGGGCUGUGGCCGUCAGCAACGCGGGGCUGGACCUCUGCACAGCGGCUCGCACCUGCCGCCUCCCUGAGAACUAGUGCGGAGGAUCCCUCGAUUCCCAGUUGGCUCGCGUCUGGAUGCCCGCCGAGUCAACCAGACGUCGCGUAUACGCCACUGGAAGCGAAACCGCUGCUUCUGCGUCUGCCUUCGAGCAGGGAGGAGGCGUUGGAACUCAUCCCGCGCUACGCUCGUCGCAGCGCGACUCCAGUGUCGCUGCGACAGCUGCUCGAGUUUGGUCGACAUCCGACACCGAAGAAGCUGCUGCUUGCGGCGCAACUGAUGCAUCGUGAGCUCGCCAUUCGACUGGCGCACCGCGUAGUGGAACUACAGUCGCUUCCAUACGGUCUGUCGGAGAUGCGCAGCGUGAAACGCGUUUGCGAACUAUACGAGAACUCCUUCGCCGACAUCCUCAUGCAUCCCCGGCCUGAACGGGAAGGUGAAGAGGAGCGUCGUUUUACGGAGCUCCUGCGUCGCAUCCGAGACCGGCACUCUGACGUUGUGCGACAGAUUGCGUGCGGGGUACUCGAACUGAAGCAAUCCUGUGGGAUGGGCGCGGAUGACAUUCACAUCAGCUCGUUCCUUGAUCGCUUCUACACUUCAAGGAUAGGCAUUCGCGUGCUCAUUUCUCAACAAGUCAGUAUGUCUCUGGAGCGAUCGCGCCAGGGAUACGUGGGCAUUAUUCACAUACGUUGUCGACCAGCGCACGUUGCAGCGGAUGCGGCGGAUGCAGCGCGAGCACUAGCCUAUCGACACUACGGUGAAGAGCCGCCCGAGGUGGUUAUCCUGGGGAAAACCGACCUGGAGUUCCCAUACAUUGAGGGGCAUCUCUAUCAUGUGCUGUUCGAGUUGCUCAAAAACUCCAUCCGAGCAACCAUGGAGCAUCAUAUGGGACGGGAAAGCUUUCCGCCGAUCAAGGUGAUUAUUGCGGAUGGAUAUGAGGAUGUGACGCUGAAGAUCGCCGACGAGGGAGGCGGCAUUUCGCGUUCCAGUUUACCCAAAAUUUGGACUUACAUGUUCACAACGGCAACAGUACCCCCAGAGGCGCUGAUCCAACCCGAAUAUGGACCUGGGAGUCAUGUACACGGUGCGCGAGGAGCUUCCAUGGACCCGCUAGCCGGCUUCGGCUACGGUCUGCCGCUAUCUCGGCUCUAUGCGCGUUAUUUUGGAGGCGAAUUGAGCAUUGCUUCCAUGGAGGGCUUUGGAACGGAUGCCUACGUGCACCUGGCGAAACUGGGGAAUCGUCUGGAGGCUCUUGUGUGA